AUGUGGGCAACUGCAAGAAGAAUGGCUUCUACGACCAGAUCGGCAUCCUCUGCCGCCCUCACUUUUGAGCUGGUGGGAAAGUGCUCUACAACCCGUGCCCGCGCAUCCAUCUUGACGUUGCCCCACGGUCAGGUCAACCUCCCAAUUUUCAUGCCUGUAGCCACGCAGGCUUCACUCAAAGGCCUUACCCCCGAACAACUCGAGGCAACUGGAUGCCGUCUCUGCCUCAACAACACCUACCAUCUCGGCCUGAAGCCUGGUCAGGAAGUCCUUGAUGCUGUAGGAGGCGCGCACAAGUUUCAGGGAUGGAAUCACAAUCUUCUUACUGAUAGUGGCGGCCCUAUGCUCUUAACCCCCGAGCACUCGAUGAGCCUCCAAAACUCGAUCGGAUCCGACAUUAUGAUGCAGCUGGACGAUGUCCUCGUCACUACACACCCAGACAAGGCGCGCAUGAGAGAGGCGAUGGAGCGCAGUGUACGUUGGCUCGACAGAUGUAUCGCUGCCCACAAAUACCCAGAAAGGCAGAAUCUGUUCUGCAUCAUUCAGGGUGGACUGGACCUGGAGAUGCGCCGGGAAUGCUGCCGCGAGAUGGUCGCCCGUGACACACCCGGUAUCGCCAUUGGCGGACUGAGCGGAGGUGAAGCAAAGGAUGACUUCUGCAAGGUGGUGGCCACUUGCACGGAGCAACUACCAGAACUCAAGCCGAGAUACGUUAUGGGAAUUGGGUACCCAGAGGAUCUUGUGGUCAGCGUGGCGCUGGGAGCAGACAUGUUCGACUGCGUGUGGCCCACACGCACUGCGCGGUUUGGGAAUGCCAUCACCAAGCAUGGUGUACUCAACAUGAAAAGAGAGUUGUAUGCCGCUGAUUUCGGGCCCAUCGAGGAGGGUUGUGGGUGUCAGUGCUGCAGGCCUGUCGGCCAAGAAGGGUCGCUGGGCAUUACAAGGGCAUUCAUUCACCACAAUGCCGCCAAAGAGACAGUUGCGGCGCACCUGCUGACACUACACAACGUGUGGUAUCAGCUGGAUCUGAUGAGGCAGGCCAGAGAGGCCAUCAUUGCUGACCAAUUCCCGGCAUUCGUCAAGAAGUUUUUUGUUGGACUGUACCCUGAUGGACAGAACUAUCCAUCGUGGGCAGUCAACGCAUUGCGUGGUGUUGGCAUCGAGUUGCUAGGGAGGUGA